UUCUCUUCUUUUCUUUUUUUAAUCACUAUACCUUUUAUUGUUUCCAAUCCACAAGCUGUUUCAAAUGGUUCUAACUGUGUCCACCAUCAUUUGCUGCACUGUUCAAGCUGGUGUUCAUCAGAAGGUCCCAUGGUUGAAGAGGAUCACUGCAUUCCGACACUGGAUUGGGCCUGACCAAAGGAAACACCCCGGACCACAGGUCAAAGGGUCACUGGGAUCUCAGCUGUCAAACAGCAGUGAUGCAGAGCAGCUGACAGAUGCUGACAGGUCAGAAGACGUUAAGAUCUACAUCCCAUACGAGUCAGCUGAACUCUGUGUCAAUCAGAUCGCUGAGGAUGUGAAGGAAAUGAAGCAGAAACACCUGGAAAUGAUGCAUCAGAUGGAGGAGAAUUUUCAGAUCACAGUGCGAGAGAACCAGGAGUGGACUGUGCAGCGGAUCAGAACUCAUUACCAGAACAAAUUAAACAUUCUGAAGAGGAUGUUGGACCACUACCAGGAAAGAGUGACGAUGAAAAAUGCUGAACUUGAGGAAAGAGUUGUGGUCUUGACUGAACAGAAGGAGCAGCUACUAGAGGAGCAGCAAGCAGAGAGGAGGAGGAGCAAAGAGGAGGCCCUGCAGUGGCAAAGAGAAAAGAGCAAAAUGCUGGAGGUGUUCUCCCACCGGCUGGACCUGCUGCACAGCCAUCAGGCCUCCACGAUUCAGGAGCUGCAGAUGGCCAGGCAAGACGUAGGGAAGGUCCAAGAGAUGCUGAAGGUAUCAUCAGAUGAAGAGCAGGAGAAAGCUGCGGAGGAGAAGAAAGAUCAACACGCUGUGGUGUGCAGUGAGUCUAAUCUGCCACUGCAGGGAGCUGCAGCAUGCCUGGAGGAACUGAAGGAGAGCUUGUUACAGAGAGAAAGAGAUAUUUCAGAGCUGCUGGAGGAGAGGAGCCCUGUUCCUCCCAUCCCUCAGCCACCCUGCAGUGUCCUCCUCCUUGCUGUCAUACAAAAGGCUUAUGACGUUUGCAGUCGUGUAGCAGAGUCCAGAACCCUUUUGGACCAGAUGAUCAAGGAGAAUCAGGUUGCUUUGGUUGAGACCAGAGACAGACUAGACCGUCUGCAGACAACCACAAAAGAGAGCAAAUCUAAAAAUGAGCCGGCCAGUGUUCAAGAAGGAUCAAUUCAAUUUGAGUCAACUUUGUCCUUACUACAAGAAACAGUGAAGCACUACGAAGUUUCUCAAAUGGCUUUAGAAUGCAUCAAAACUGCAGAAAUCCCUGGAACAAACGGUAAAGAUGAUGAUGAGGCAGCCUCACAGCUUGAGGACAUUUGGGGAGCAGGCACAAACCAAACCUCAGAGGGAGGAAAGAACAUUUGUCAGCAGCUUCUCUGUCUACAGGAUCAGCUGAAGCAGAUUAAAGAGGAGAAAAAGAAAAUAAUUGAAAACUACACAUCAGAAAGGACAAUGAGAAAGAAGUACUACAAUAUGGUGGAAGACAUGAAAGGUAAAAUCAGAGUGUUUUGCCGGAUUCGACCAGUGAACGGAUCUGAGAGCGUGCAGAGUGGGAAUAUGAUCGCAGUGGAGAAAAUAGAUGAUUAUUCUGUGACAGUAGAAAGUCCCCGUGGGCCGAGAGAGUUUCAGUUUGACCGGGUGUUUGGCACUGAAGCCUCACAAGAAGACUUGUUUCAGGAUAUCAAUAGGUUGAUCCAGUCAGCUAUUGAUGGGUACAAUGUGUGCAUCUUUGCAUAUGGGCAGACUGGUUCAGGAAAGACUUUCACCAUGGUGGGAGACAAAGAUCAGAGGAACCCCGGCAUCAUGCCAAGAUCUUUCAAUGCUAUAUUUGAUAUUAUAAAAGAAAACAGCACCAAAUUUGAGUUCAAGGUUUCAGUCUACAUGCUGGAGCUGUACAAUGACAGGCUAUGGGACCUCUUUUUGAACCUGGCUGGUGAGAUCCAGGCACAUCCCCAGUCCCACAGCCAGUCCAAAAAGGUGGAGAUCAAGAGAAACAGAAAGGGGGUUGUAUUUGCCCAAGGAGCAGAGAAAAAGCAGGCCUCCAGUGCUCAGGAGCUCUACGUUCUCUUCCAGCAGGCCUGUGCCAAUCGUCACAUCUCUGCCACCAAGAUGAAUGUGGAGAGUUCCCGCUCACAUCUCAUUGUUGGCGUCAUGGUGGAGAGCAAAAAUCUGACCAACGGGAGUGUGAGCAGUGGGAAGCUGAGCUUGGUGGACCUGGCAGGCAGUGAGCGAGCAGCCAAGACAGGAGCCAAAGACCACCAGCUAAAGGAGGCCAACUCCAUUAACAAAUCUCUGAGCGCGCUGGGAGAUGUCAUCUCAGCGUUAUCUGCUGAACUGCCCCACGUACCGUACAGAAAUAGCAAACUGACCCAGGUCAUGCAGGACUCACUGGGUGGAAACGCAAAAACACUCAUGAUCGUCAACAUCUCUCCAUCAGAAUGUAACCUUGACGAGACACUCACAUCACUCAUUUAUGCAACAAGAGUGAAGGCCAUUACCAACAAUGCUCAGAGGAAUGUGGAAAGCAAAGAGAUUGCCCAACUAAAAGAGAUGAUCAUGAAGCUGAGAUCAGGACAGACAGUAGAAGAGGAGGACAUCUGACAGAGAUGUUUUCACCAGUUGACUUCACUAAUCAAAAUUCAGCUGUGGAUCUGAGUGGGUUGGCUCCAUAUUUAUAACAUACAGUUUCUUU